AUGAUAUUCGAUAUCGCUAAAAUAACCACCCCUCCCUCUCCUCUUCCGGACGAUGACUGUCAGCCGUCUACGAGUCACACUAAUGAUCCAAGUGACGAGAUUACGCCACACAGUUCACUAUCGAAUUCGUCCGCUUUCACACAAAUUCGACAAGGUACUGCAACGCCGAACACCUCGGCAGCCACCACACCUCGUUGUGAUGACUCGGAACAUUCCAGUGCUACCGUACUCGAAAUGGACACCAACAGGUUGUCACAAGAGGACAAGUCGCACGAUAACACUACUGAAAGCAGUACGUUAAGUAUAGCGAAUGCUGAACUGAGCAAAUGUCUUCGAGAAGGCACGGAUUGGCCUUUGGAUGAGGCCAGCACCAGUUCAGCACCUGCGACCAUCAACAGGGAAAGCCUAAAUUCGAAGCAAUCACUACGGAAUGCCUUGGAGCGACGGAUACUGCUGAAAGAAAUGCGAAGUCGAGAUGGUAAAGAACCACGACGAGCACAGUGGACUAAAGAUCGAGGUCGAGGCAGAUUGCUAAGUGAUGCUACCGGCGAUGAAAAGUCGAAAGCCGUACGGUGGCAGAACGCUAAACAACACGGGAAAUUACGAGCCGGACCUCUACUACGGGGCGAGACAGCCGAGAUACCUAUCGAAUACGUCGACGGAAUCCCAGUGGAGAUAUAA